CCCUGCCAGGCUGCGGAAUUGCUUCAUUCCGGAAGCAUCCUCUCUGUAACGUUUUCCUCACCCAAUAAUGUUGUGCACAAAGCUAACUGACCUUAAUACGGACUGUCUACUCCAUAUUACAUCGUUUUUGGAACUAGGCGAUUUACUUAACUUUGAGCACACCUGCAGGCGGAUGCAACAGAUUGCACGGAUGCAGUAUCGGAAGUAUGCUAAAUUCACAUUGCUUCUGAGGGAGGAAAAUGGGGAAUCAGCGAGAAUCCUAAGCAGCAUCGGUGAAUUUAUUAAGCAUUUAGAAUUUUCUGGUGGUUUUGCCAUCAGCAGAGGGAUUACGGAGAGAAUCCUCACGGAUAUUGUGACUUUCUGCACAAAUAUGCAUAUGAUUACCCUCAGGUAUUUUACACUGAAUAGCAGAGAAAAGGCAGAGCAGGUGCUACUUCUUGAAAAAUGUGAAGCCCUACAGGUGAUUUGUUUGCAGAAUUGCGAUGUGAAUAAGGAACUUCUUGAAGGAUAUGACGAACUGAAGCACUUGGAAAUUAGAUACCAAGAAUAGAUCUUUAUUUUCCCGGAAUGAAAAUUCUCAGACUGCAUUGAAUACAUAAAUUCCAUAAAUUGUACAAAACAAAUUUUCUAGCCAGGUGCAUGAGAAAAUUUUUAUUAAAGAGGAAUAGAAACUUUA